CAUCAGAGAGUGUAUCUAGGUCGCCGUAACAAUCCCACCUCACCAGUUGGUAUCUAUCGCUGUGAUAUUCCAACUAUUGCUGUCUAUGAUAAUGACAUCUCAGUGAGAGACACAGUCUAUGUGGGACUGUACACUGGCAGUGGAGGUGAUGUUACAAUACCUGGAGGUGUGACAUAUGAUUUUUACACAAAAACCCUCACCUGUAUCUCCACUGGUGGACCUGCUACCACUGUCACUUGGACCAGAGACUCCACCACUGUCACCCAAGGAGCCCAGACUGUGUUGAAUGACCCAGUGACUGCACAGUACACCCAUACUCUGACUGUGACUACUGGAGGAGUAUACACAUGUACUGUGGCUAACAACAAACCCUCUAAUGCUUCUGCUAGGAUAACUCUUCCUGCAGCACUUGUGGUUGGACUGGAGAGAACAUCCUACACUGUCUCAGAAUCAGAGGAAGCUGUUGAGAUCUGCAUCACUGCAGUAGGAGUCAAUACUCCAUGUCCCAGCACUCAGUCUUUUCAGGUCACCUUUUCAACCACUGAUGGAAGUGCAGUGAGCCCUUCAGACUAUGAAGCUGUGAGAGAAGUGUUGACAUUUGCUCCCUGUGAGACCCGACAUUGUGUGAAUGUGAGCAUCACGGAUGAUCUGGUGAACGAACCAGAGGAGACAUUUUCCAUCAGUCUCAAUAAGCUGACAUCAUUCGUAACUCUCAAUACAACAGUUGGAGAGGUGCUCAUUACUGAUGAUGAUGAUAAACCGGAAGAAGUCAGGUUCCUCCCAGUGAAUGCCACAGCAGUCAGGAUCUCCUGGAGUGGCAGUGUACAUCUCCCCACGUCCAUCAUCUACACUGUCUAUUGCUCCACGAAUGUUGUUAGGAAAAAUGAGAGGGUUUACCCACCUGGAGUGACCUCAGUCGACAUUGUGUUGGAAGAUGACAUCAUCCUCACUUGUACCUCUUAUGUGCACAACUUUACGCUCUAUUAUGGUGAUGUCAUCCCUUCGCCAGGGAGUAACCCUUCAACAUUGACAACCUUUACUUUUGACAUAGACAAAGUGUACCUUCAGAUUCAGUUUGGGCCUUUCUACUACUGCCUCAGCUGGGAAUUCAAGAAAGUUGCUGCUAUUAUCGAGAGAGAGUUACAGUCUUACGUUGUUGAGAUCAUACGUAACAGUUGCUCCGAAUGCUAUAAUUUAACCCAGAGCUUUUUCAGAAAGGGGGUGUUUGUUUGCCAUGGCAACCCUACCAAGACAACCUACCGCACCACUCUGGUUAACCCUUUCCCCACCACAAACUCCACCUACCUGACGGUCUGCUGGUGAGGGUGAGUCCCUCCUGCCCCACCUCUAUCUCCAGUCUCGAUG